AUCCCAAAGUGCGGCACCACGUGGAUGCAGGAGAUCCUGUGGACGAUGGCGAACAACCCUGACCUGACCCACCCCCAGACCAACACCCCCAUCCUGAACCGCUCCCCCGACAUCUCGUUCGACUUCGUGUUUGACUCCAUCGUGUCUCAGGUCCAUAAGUUCGAGUCGUUCAGAAAGUGAUUCUCGGAGGUGUGUCCGGGGCGCAAGGAGGAGGACGGCAUAAUGCUGCAGAUCGCCGAGCUUAUGCCCGAGCGGAGAAUUAUCAAGUGCCACCUUCCGCUCAACCUCCUGCCGCCUGACGUACUCGACACAGCCAAGGUGGUGUACACUACCCGCAACCCCAAGGACGCAAUCGUGUCCCAUUACAAGAUGCUGAACAGUAUGGAUAUCCCAGAAGGCCCCAUCUCCUUCGACGCCUUCGCAAGACUCUACAUGGACGAUGGCUUGAUAUUCGCCCCGCACUGGCGGCACGUGCAGCUGGCGUGGGAGCAGCGGAAUCACCCCAACCUGUGCUUCGUCUUCCUCGAGGAGCUCAAGACGGACACCAAGAAGCAACUCAGGCGGCUCAACGACUUCAUCGGCACGGAGCUCACGGAGAGCCAGCUCGAUGCCGUGGAGCAUCACACGUCCUUUAAGUCGAUGAAGGAGCGCGGCGAACCAAUGAAAGACGGAUUAUUCAAGAACUUCUUCCGUAAAGGUGCAACAAACGACUGGAAGGAAUAUUUCACGCCCGAACUCAAGGCGGACGUGGACAAGUGGAUAGAGGAAAACACCAGCAAGAUCGGGAUUACUCACAAGUGGGAAUGACAACCUUGUCGCCUGUCCCGUGCUCAGCCCACCUGUGACACCUGAGCCUUACCUGAGGUCCCCCGGGGUAAGGCAGGAUGGUCGGAUGGAAGAAUGGAAGAGCCAUGGAGGGAAGAGUGGAGAGGAUAAGGAAGAAAGAGAAAAAGGGGAAGGGGAUAAAUGAAGGGGGGGAAGGGGGAAGAAAGGAAGGCUGGACUGCAUGAACUAAAGCAAAAAAAAAAAAAAGGAAAAACAAUGAAAGGGCAGAUGGCAGGAAAAGCUUCGUAACUUAAUUCAAACCCUAGUCGUACGUGGUUCUAAUUUAUAUACAUUUUUUCCACAUUGCACAUCAUUUUUUCUCCCCUCUUUCACUUCGUCCUCACUCAAAGGUAUCGCCGAGAUUUCUUUCUUUUUCAUGUUUUAUUUUUCGUCCUCGUGUUGUGUUUGGUUAUUCAGUGUUUACGUUCGUUUCGUCUGUGGACUCCCUGGGAACCAUUCUAUAACUAUUGAUGUGAUGAAAAUUUAAAGGAAACGAACGUGGCGGUGGGCUUUUUGGUGACCUGUACUACCUGAGCUGCCUUUGUUUAUGAUGCUGCAGUGGAUAAUUAUGACACCUGUGCUUCUGUCUAACAGGUAAAGGAGAAAGUGAAUUGUGAGGCGAGUUCAGUUCUCCUCUACCCUUCUACCUGCCUAUAUAUCUACCUGUGUAUAUAUCUACCUGUCUAUAUGGCUUACUCUGUACCUGCGUUGCUAACAGACAAAGGAGAAAGGGAAAUGCGAGUUAUGUGCUCACCUACCCUCCUACCUUUCUAUUAUUAAUACUAUAUCUACCUGUCUACCAGUAUUUGUCGACCUGGUAAUGAGAAAAGGUAAGGUAAUGUUGAGGAAAUAAGGGAGUUUUGUAUAUACUUCUCCCUGAUUAUCUUUAUACCUGCUUAUCCGUCUCCCUGUUUAUAUGUUUACCUAUC